AUGGGUUGGUCGUUUCCAUUGAGCCCUCUAGUGACAACAAUAACAAUAGUGCUCCUCUUGUGUGUCACACUCCAAACUAAGGUAGUGAAAGCUUUUCCACUAUACACUCAAAAUCGGUGGAUAGUUGAUGGGAAUGCGACAAGGGUGAAGCUAGCAUGUGUGAAUUGGGUGUCCCAUUUGGAAUACAUGGUGGCCGAGGGCUUAGGUGAGAGACCUUUGGAUGGGAUAGCCAAGGAAAUCAAAUCCAUGGGCUUCAACUGUGUUAGACUCACAUGGCCUAUUUACUUGAUCACCAAUGACUCUCUUGCUACUCUUACUGUCAGACAAUCUUUCAACAAUCUUGGCUUGCCUCAAGCCAUCUCUGCUGUCCAAGUCAACAACCCCUCUCUCAUUGAUCUUCCCCUCAUCAAAGCUUACCAGGACGUGGUGAAAGGGCUGGGAGACAAGGGUUUAAUGGUGAUUUUGGACAACCACGUAUCAAAGCCGCAGUGGUGCUGCAGUAACGACGACGGAAAUGGCUUCUUCGGGGACCAGUAUUUCGAUCCUGACCUCUGGAUUAAGGGCCUUACCAAAAUGGCCACCCUUUUCAAAGGAGUCACUAAUGUCGUAGCCAUGAGCUUGAGAAAUGAGCUCCGAGGUCCCAGACAAAAUGCCAAUGAUUGGUUCAAGUACAUGCCAAAAGGAGCAGAGGCCGUGCAUGGAGCAAAUCCAGAUGUUCUAGUCAUUAUGUCUGGCCUAAAUUAUGACCUAGACCUAUCAUUCCUCAGAAAGCAGCAAGUGAAACUGAGCUUCAGUAGAAAACUAGUAUUCGAGUUGCACUGGUAUAGCUUCAGUGACGGUGACUCAUGGACAACAGAGAAUCCAAACCAAGUGUGCGGGAAAGUGACAGGGAGAGUGAUGAGAAGUGCAGGGUACUUGUUGGAGCAAGGAUACCCAUUGGUUUUGAGUGAGUUUGGGUGGGACUUGAGAGGCACAAACCAGAACGACAACAGCUACUUCAACUGCUUAUUGCCCCUUGCAGCCCAGCUUGACUUUGAUUGGGCCUAUUGGACACUCGCUGGGAGUUAUUACCUUAGAGAAGGAACUGUUGGAUUAAUCGAGGUUUAUGGUAUUCUCACUCAGAACACCACCCUCCCUACAACAACCUUCUUGUUGCAAAGGAUCUCAGCUAUUCAACUUCCUUAUCGAGGGCCAGGGUUAUCGGAAGUUGAAGCACACAAAGUGAUUUUUCACCCAUUGACAGGUCUUUGCAUCUCGGGGAAGUUAGAGCCAUUGAAGUUGGGACCCUGUUCUAAUUCUGAGGGAUGGGAAUACACAGCCCAGAAGGUGCUAUCAGUAAAGGGUAGAAAUAGCACCUGUUUACAAGCAGAGGGAGAAGGGAAGGAAGCAAAACUUGGAAAUGAAUGCUCAGUAUGGGAAAUAGUCUCUGAUUCCAAGUUGCACCUCUCAAGUAAAAUCAACAACGCUUCUGAUGUGUGUCUGGAUGUGGACUCCAACAACAACAUUGUUACCAAUGCAUGCAAAUGCCUGAGUGGUGAUAAGACGUGUGACCCUGCAAGCCAAUGGUUCAAACUUGUUGACAGCACCAGAAAGUCAACCUGAACAUAUAUGGAUUGGACUACAUGUUGAGGCUGAUCAGGGAAAGAAAAUUUUCUGGAAACCUUUGAGGAACAUAAUAAUUAAGUAGCCCUUGUUGAAAUAUAUAAGAAUCGAAAAACACAGGAAAGAAUUGUAUUGGUACUAUGCUGAGUACUUAUAUGUAUGGUAUGCUUCACUUUAAUUAAAGUGAUCU